UCUUAUUUGAUAAUGCCCCCUAAAAAAGCAACAAAGAAAAAGACACCAUCUCCAUCACCUCCCCCUGCCAAAAGGUCGACGAGAUCAAAAAAAGAAGACAAAGUUGAUGAUAAGAAAAAGUACAAAUUCAUACAAUAAUUUUUAGAGACGUGGUAGCAAAAGUGACAAAAGACUAAUCCAAAUCGAAAGGAAAAGGUAAAGCUAAAUAGAAGACUCCUUCACCUUCACCUCCACCAAAAAAGGCUCCUGCAAGAAAGGAUUCAAAGAAAAGUGACAAAAAGUCACCAUCACCCCAACCAAAAAAAACAGUAAAGAAAUCCCCAUCUCCAGCUAAGAAAGAUGAGGAAUAGAAUCUUAAGAAACUUGUAUUUACAGGCAAAGCUCCUGUUGAUGAAUUUGUUAAUAAUAGAGAUAAUUAUGUAGUAUAUGAGGAUGCUACAAAAGUAUAUGACUGCAUGAUGAAUCAAACUAAUAUUAUUGGAUCAAAUAAUAAUAAUAAAUUCUACGUUGUGUAAUUAUUAAAGAGUAAAUCAUCAAGUAUCUUAUUCAAAUAUCUAAAUUAGAUACAUAUUUUGUAUUUACCAGAUGGGGUAGAGUUGGUGCAUCUGGGAAUCAAGCUUUACAACCUUGUGGAAGCAGUCUUGAAGCAGCCAAAAGUGGAUACGAAUCCAAGGUUAGAGACAAGAGUGUAAAAGGAGAUUAUAGAAUACUUGAGAAGGAUUAUAGUGUUGAUACAGAUCCAAAGAAUGCUGAGAAAUUAGAAAAAUUAAAAGAGUAGAGAGAAAAGGAGUCUUAUGAUAAGAGCAAGUUACACACAAAAAUUAAAGAGUUAGUAAGAUUGAUCUUCGAUAUGAAGAUGAUUAACAAUUAAAUGAAAGAGUAAUAUAAAUCAUAUUGUAUUUUUUAGAAUAGGUUAUGAUGCGAAGAAAAUGCCUUUAGGCAAAUUGGCAGCUUCAACUAUUAACAAGGGGUUUGAUGUCUUAAAGAAAAUCUCAGAAGAAUUGAAUAAUAAGUCCCAUAAUACAACAACUUUACAGACAUUGACAAGUGAGUUCUAUAGUCAAAUUCCUCAUGAUUUUGGCAUGGCGAAAGCUCCCUUGAUUAAUACUGCUUAAUUGGUAAAGUAGAAGUUGGAAAUGUUGGAAUCUAUAUAGUAGAUCUAAGUAGCAACCAAAAUAUUGGAAGAAUAAAAGGAUGAUGAUACAAAUGUUAUUGAUGAAAAUUUCAAGAAACUUGGAAUAAAUAUGCAAUAUUUAGACCCAACAGAAGAAAAAGUUAAAAUCGUCAAAGAGUUUGUUAAGAAUACUCAUUGUGACACUCAUAAGAAUUAUGAUUUAGAUGUACUCGACGUCUUUGAAUUAUAAAAAGAUUAAGAUGAUAAUAGAUUCAAGAAAGACAUUGGAAAUAGAAUGCUUUUAUGGCAUGGUUCAAGAUUAACCAACUUUGUUGGUAUUUUAAGUUAAGGAUUGAGAAUUGCUCCACCUGAAGCUCCAGUAACUGGAUAUAUGUUCGGAAAGGUAUUUUCUAAUUUAAUCCUUAAAGGGUGUUUAUUUUGCAGAUAUGGUUUCUAAAUCAGCCAAUUAUUGUGCGGUUACAAGAGAGAACAACACAGGAUUGAUUCUAUUAUGUGAUGUGGCCCUAGGAAACACAAAUGAAAAAUUCUACUCAGAUUAUUAUGCUAACAAUCUACCACCUGGUAAGCACAGUACUUGGGGUAAAGGUAAGACCAUGCCACCACCUGCUUAAAAUAUUCCCUUCCCAGGUAUGCCAGAGGUUUAAGUGCCUAUUGGUAAAGGAGCUCCUUCAGGAGUUGCUAAUGUAAAUAUUAUAUGUAUAAUUAGACCUCUUUGCUUUACAAUGAAUUUAUAGUCUAUGAUGUUGCUUAAAUUAGAUUGAAAUAUUUAAUCAAGAUGAAGUGGAAUUAUAAAUGA